AUGCCGAGUCUCCUCGCGCCUCGGCUGAGGUGCUUCUACUGCGGCAUGCGAUCACCUCAUGUUAAGGAUGGACGCACGCGACAAUUUGUCUGCACCAGCUGCGAAGCACCGAACCACCUCGAUUCUAAUGGAGACAUUACCGAUCCUCCGGCUACACCCAAUGCCAAACCACCUGCAUCCUUUGCAAAUUCGAUCCAACGACCCACUUCUCCCGUCCAGCCCGAGUCUUCCGACCUUUUUUGCAAAACAUGUCUCAAGAACCAGCACAUGGUUGCCAACUUACUCGCAGAGUACCUCCCUGCUGACACGCAUCCGCAAUACCUCAAGUACGAAGCCGAGUAUCCGCAGUAUCGCAAAGACCUUGAACGCCGAUUUCCCCAAGUCUGCCCCAAAUGCGCCCCGAGAGUCGAGCAACAUCUGAAAAGGACAAACUACGUCGCAAAGGCCGACUUCCUCACUCGCAACCUCGAACGUUCAAAAGCCCAUGCCUUUAACAACCUUCAUACUUCGUCCUCGCUUGCCAUAUCUGCUCUAAGUCUCGUCGCUGCAGCAUGGUGGGCCAGUGCUCUCUUCCAGGCCUACUGGCACACCCUGGCUUUCUUAGGCAUCCCAGGAGACAAUGAGGAGGUUGCCGAUCUGACUCCUCUGAUGCUUGUCGGCUGCUCGGUCAACGGCUUCCGCUUGCACUUCUUACCCCCUGGCUGUGCUCACCUCUUUAUCAACCUUGUCAAGAAAUCCUUGUAUCUCAGUUUCUGGCUUCUGUGGUGGAACCCGACCUUCAAAGACCGCCUCAGGUUUCCUUACCGAACUCACCACGCAAUCGGUCUUGCUGAUUUCUACCGUUACCAGUUCGUAAUCCUCGCUCUUAGAGCUACCGCCUGGUGGUAUCUAAGCAGUCCUUGGAUUGAUGGGUCGGCCACCGAUAUCACAAAGGCCAUGCAUGGGUGCGCCGUUCUUUUCGUCGUCCUGACCACAAUCGCUUCUUUGCGUACUGUCACCUACUCUUCUGCUCCAAGAGUCUCAUGGAAGGCUAGCACGGAGCCUCUGAUCGAGCCUGGAAGUUUCCAUCCGCCGACCGAUGACUUUAUAAGUCAAGCCUCGCCUCACCUCGCUACCAUGUCUCCAUCACGACAGCCAUUCCCUCUUGAGAACCUAGGGUCUCAUCGCGUCACGCGGUCUGCGACACGGGCUGCAUCGCCGCUACUGUCACGAUUCUCACGGCCAUCGCCAUCUCCGGGUCCUGGUGAAGACAUGGCAGAUUCUAUGGAUUGGGAGCCUAUCAAUCAGUCGUCGCCCAUCAGACCUACCCACACUGCCCAACCUCAAGCAGCCUCAGCUAUCCCACCCUUCUUGCGUCCAGCCGCUAGCAUGGCAACUGGCGAGAAAUCUCCUUUCACUGGCCGUCUACCCCCAGCUCCCAUGUCACCAGCACAUCGCCUACGGAACCCUCCGCCACCACCACAGUUCAAGCCAACUCCUCUCUCCCAACAACGCGACUUCUUCCAGAAGAUGGGCCUCUCAUCCGCUAGCGUACCCUCUCUUUCAAAGAAACCUACUGUUGUAGACGAUCACGAAGACGAAGACUCACCACGCAAACCCACGACUCCUGCCUACACGUCCAGCUUGGACAGAAACAGAACAAAAGAUCACUUUGAGCUACACCCCGGCAAGUGGACCUUGAAAUCAGACAUGGAAGCCGCAGAAAAGGGCACAGGUCUCGAAGACAUGUUUACCUCGAGCUUUAACAUUGCCGAUGACCCCAUGACUCCGAAAUCUGCUCGCCGCUCUGCUGCUGUGCGAUCUCCUGUGCCUGCUGGUGCUGAGCGUCGUCAUAUCUUUGAUCAUACCCCUGUGGAUCCAGUGAUCAAUGAGACUGCUGUGGAAGUUGUGGUCAGGAACGCUAAGGAGAUGGCGUUGCCGGUUGGAUUGGCGGUUGCUGCUGCUGUUGCUGCUUGGGCUAGGGAUCCGGGUGCCAGGGAGUGGAUGGCUGGGCUUUGGAGCAAUUGA